GGAGUCGAGCCGCUAAGAGGAGUUUUUUCUCUUCCCCACCGCUUGCGGCUUGGGCCGUCCCGAAGCUGGCCAGCUGCCGCGCGUUCCCUGGAAAAGAGGAGCUAUUUCUGGGACUCUCCCUCUCUCUGCUCUUCCUUUGGCACAAGAUGACUCUCAACACCCAGCGAGGAGGCAGCGGCCGGGGCACCACCGGUGGCAACCUGAGUCCUGGCCAGAGGAGGGCCAGCACGCCGCUCCCUGCCCCUUACGGGUCUCGCCCGCGGAUGCCGAGCGUUCGCCCCAACCGGGCCGGGUCCUGCCACCCGCAGCUGGGGCACUCCUCGUCCUGCGAGCCACCCCCGAGUCGCCUCCCUGCGCCGCGUGGGAGCUGGUCGCCGGAGUCCUCCGAUUCGGAAGAGGCCUGGGAAUCCUUGUACCGGGUGGUGCUUCUGGGCGACCCCGGCGUGGGCAAGACCAGCCUGGUGAGCCUUUUCGCGGGGGUGCAGGAUAAAGACUCGUCCGACCAACCGAGAGAGGACACCUACGAACGGACCCUGUCCGUGGAUGGCGAGGAAAUGACGUUGAUGGUCAUCGACACCUGGGAGGCUGACAAGCGGCCUUCCGAGGAAGACAACUGGCUCCACAAUUACUGCAUGCAGGUGGGCAACGCCUAUGUCAUUGUCUACUCCAUCACCGACCGGGGAAGCUUUGAGAGCGCGUCGGAGCUGCGGAUCCAGCUGCGCCGAACUCGCCAGGCGGAGAACAUCCCCAUCAUCCUGGUGGGGAACAAGACCGACCUGGUGCGCUGCCGGGAGGUUUCCGUGGAAGAGGGCCGGGCCUGCGCCGUGGUCUUUGACUGCAAGUUCAUCGAGACGUCGGCCACCCUCCAGCACAACGUGACGGAGCUCUUCGAGGGGGUGGUGCGGCAGAUCCGCUUGCGCAGAGACAGCAAAGAGGCCAACCAGAGGCGCCUCUCGCUCUACCGGCGCAAGGAGAGCCUCAGCAAGAAAGUGCGCCGGUUCCUCGACCGGCUGGUGGCCCGGAACAACAAGAAGGCGGCCCUCAAGGUCCGCUCCAAAUCCUGCCACGACCUCUCUGUGCUCUGAAACCACUGGGCGCCCCCUCCUUGCCCGCUGGUUGUUCCCGCCCGGGAUCCCGAGGGGCACCGCCUCAGUCCUCUGCCCCCACCUGCACGUUGGGGGGGUUUGCAAAUGCACUUCUUUGCUAGCAUCUCUCGUCCAACGGGGCAUAUCCAGCGGAGAAAGCAAGGAAUUCUAGGUGGCCGAGAGGAACGGCCGGGAGGGAAGGGGAACACCACCAACCCCCUCGAGCUGGAAAAACAUCCUGGCAUCCUUGGGCAGGGGGACUUUGGAAGUGGGCGCAUUGAACCACAAUCCCUUUGCAAAGCUGGCGAGGGACGGCAGGUUUCUCCCUUGGACUGAACGGACAUAGGUCACUGGGGGCCAAAGCCCUCCUACAAGAUUCUCUUGGCCCCGAAGAUGCUCAGGGCUGUCAUCUUGGCUCUGCAGAAUUUAUUCUGGGGUCUGCCGUGGCGUGUCUCAUGCUCAGACCUGCAGCUGGUGGCAGGUUUGAAGGGUGACCCAUUCAAAAGCCUCUGCUUGGCAGCACCACCCUGGAUCCACACGGCCUGGGCUGGAUUUCUCUUCACCCUAAAGGCGGUCUGGAGGGAGAGAGGGAGCCGCCUGUUGUAUUAGGGUCACCGGGGAGCUCCCGGAUGGGCACGGCAUUUCCAACCAGCUGCCAAGGCUGUAACGUUUUCCAUAAAGCGGCUGCUCUCUUACGACCGGCGCAAAGUAUUGCCGUGUUCUUCUUCAAUCACAACCUGAAGUGUGGACACCCUUGUCCAGAGGAGAAACGGAAUGCCUUCCAGAGCGCAGAUCGUUCGAAGGAGCUGCAGAGUUUUGGAAAACCUUCCUUUUUAUGCACCGUAACCCCGAGAACUUCUCCGUCCGCCGUGGCCAUUUUUUCCUUCUCACUGGGGGAAUUCCAGGUGUUGGGGUCUUCAUCAGGAGGUGGGAGGAUGGAUAAGUACAUUUGUCUGCAGUCAUCUUCGGAUCUGCCUGCUGACAGAUAGGAGGGGGAAAGGUUAGGGGAUGUGGUUUUUAUUUAUGGAUCUAAGGACCGGGAAGAGGCGCAGUCCUUCAUUUCUGACCCUUGGACACUGGGAAACAUGACCUUCUUGGAAGCAUGCUGCUCAAGGGCUGACCCUGGGGAAUGAUCCGAUGGGGUGGAAGACCUUGCAUGCUUCUGAAAGACUUCCAUUAGAGUGGCAGGACAGGCUGAAAUUCAGCAGGUCAAGCGCUUCUCCAGCAUUAGACAUGGGAUGGCGGCUGCCUCUGUUGAGCUUCUGCCUGCUCUGCUGUUGUUAAAAGUAAAGGAACCAGGAAAUAAGUGGUGUGUGGGAGAGUUAGAAUUCUCCACAUCUUCCUGCCUCCAGCUAUUGGAUUUUCCCCUGGUCCAAGAUCUUGUGCAAAGUCCAUUUUACAGACUGCUGAUAUGGGUUUAUGCUCUCAUUUCUCAUUCUCUGCUGGUGUUGAAUAUUUCAUUCUCUGAAGCAGGACGGUUUGCAUUCUUCACAUACGUGCAAUGAGCAGCUUUCUUCAGUUGAAAAAGAAUACAUCACAGUCAGAAAAAAUACUGUUUUUCGUGGCUGUACAGUUUCAAAUCUGUUUAUUGCAAAUAUAGGCUUCAGACAGGGGAACGGAGGGCUGUAGAUGUGGACCUCACCAGAUGGCCAACAUAGAAACCAAAUAAACUCUCUAAUAGGAAGCAGGAGAUGGAGAAGCUGUAUUCUCUCUGCUAAAACAAGACCAGGAGUGGAUUGUGGUACUGAUCGUGAACUGUUGGGAGUUCCAACAUUAAAGCUGUAAAAAGAACCAUAAAAGAAUUGCAAUGCCAAAAUAUAAUUUAAACAACAUUCCUGAUUAAUUUAAAGUUCAGAUAAGGAACAGAUUUACAUUAUUAAACUAAAUUAACCGUGAACCAGAAGACGUCUGGGUUGAAACAGAGAUAUUAUUAGGGAAGAAUGCAAAAAGACCAGAAUGCAAAAAGAAAAAUGUGGAUGGAUAAUGGAAGAAACACUUGGAAUUAUACAGGAGAGAUAAGAAGCAAAAGUAAAAAGUGACAGAAAGAGGGUCGGAACCCUGAAUGCAGUUCUUCAGUGAUUGUCACACACAGAGAAAGAGAGAACUAUUACAAUAGUCAGUGCAAAGAAAGAGAACAGUGAAAGGGGGAAAGCA